CCAAAAAAAAAACUGCGGUUGUUUUCGUUAGAUAAAUAAAAAAAAAUGAUUGCUUAAAUAAAGUUUAUAAAAAUAAAAUGUGGUCUCUCUUUUAGUUUGUGUCAAUAUUUAAUGCGCACCUUGCAUUGGUGCCUUGUGGUACAUAAUCAAACACGUUUUGAAUAAAUUUAACCACUCCAAACUGCCUCUUAUCGCUAAUAUCGAUUGACAAAUAUGGAAUUGCAGUGCAAAGCUUUGCAUUAUGAUUGGGGCAAAGUUGGCUCUGAGAGUAUAGUUGCUAGGCUGUUACAUAGUGCUGAUUCUAGAAUUGACAUAGAUCAAACAAAACCUUAUGCUGAGUUAUGGAUGGGAACUCAUCCUAAUGGUCCUUCUCUAAUUAUUGAGAGAAAUAUUUUAUUGUCUGACUACCUCAAAGAAAAUCUUGAUGCCAUUGGGCCAGCUGUAAGGAAGAAAUUUGGUGUAGCCAUACCUUUUCUUUUGAAGAUAUUGUCUAUCAAAAAGGCCCUGUCUAUACAAGCCCAUCCCAACAAGGAACAUGCUGAACAGCUACACAAAAACUUCCCUGAUAUGUACAAAGAUCCAAAUCACAAGCCUGAGAUUGCCAUUGCCUUGACAUCGUUUGAGGCUCUUUGUGGAUUUAGGCCUUUGUCUGAAAUCAGGGAGUUCUUAAAAAAACUUCCUGAACUUACCAACAUUCUAUCCAAAGAAGCUGUUGACAGAGUGCUCACUAAUCAGGAUCAAGGAGACAAUAACAAAAUUCUAAGGCCAUUGUUUGAGUCACUGAUGACUUGUGAAAAAGCUUCUGUUUCCAACAGCUUGCAAAACUUGAUCAACAGGCUUGAGAAAGAUGAUGCAUCAAAUCAAACAUUUUUACUCUAUUCUCUUCUGCGUCGCUUACAUAGUGAUUUCCCUGGAGAUGUUGGCUGUUGGGGUCCAUACUUCUUGAAUUAUAUUGUGCUGCACCCAGGCCAAGCUAUUUUCUUGAAGCCGAACCUGCCACACGCCUACUUGAGUGGAGAUUGUGUAGAAUGCAUGGCAUGUUCUGAUAAUGUGAUCCGUGCUGGGUUGACCCCGAAACAUAUUGAUGUGCCCACACUAGUCGAUAUGCUGGACUAUAAUAGCUAUGGAAAAGAUCAACUCCUAUUCCACCCCCAAUUAGAAGAUGCAAAUAGUUGUAUUUGGCGUCCUCCAGUGCCUGAUUUUGCUGUUGUGAAGAUAAAUGUGGUGGGUCCGGAGCCGUACAACACCCAGAUCCGGCCCAGUCCGAGUCUCCUCAUAGUGACGUCAGGAGCGGGCUCGGCGUGCGACACGGAGCCGGUGCCCGUCCGUGCCGGGGUCGUGUUGUUCCUGAAGGCGAGCCGUCAGCUCACACUCACGCCCACGGCCGACGGGCACAUCGAGGCCUACCAGGCCAUAUGCAACGUAUGACGGUACCGAUACGCGUUGAUCACCGACGUCCAACUGCCAGAGUAGGUAAUAAUACCUACUCUAAACGGUUAACCAACAUAAUUGUAAACAACUCUCGAUGAUAUCUCAACAUUAAUUAAAGCUUAAAAAUUUUUAAUUCAAUAUUUAAAAUAAAUAAUUGUUUAAAAAAGCUAAAACAUAAUA